UGUUAGCUGAGCAACUUUAUGAUCCUAGGUUCAAUAAUUUUGUUGUGGUGUUAGUUUUUAAGAGAGAGAUGAGCUCGUGGAUCCCUUGAACUGUGGUAUCCUCCUCAAGCACGCAAUACUCUUUCCUCCCAACGUUUGCAGGGCAUGGACGAACAGCAAGUAAACGUUCCCCUUUUGCAAGAUUGUUCAGCAACACUACAACCCCAUAAUCAAGAUAUUGUAACACGCUUUUGGAUCGAAUCCAAGAAAUUAUGGCAUAUCGUCGGCCCUUCAAUUUUCAGCAGGAUAGUCUCCUACUCCAUCCUCAUAAUUGCCCAAGCUUUCGCCGGCCACUUAAAUGAUCUUGAUCUUGCUGCCUUUUCCAUCGCCGUCACCGUCGUGAUUGGCUUCGACAUGGGGCUUCUGAUGGGAAUGGCCAGCGCUUUGGAGACGCUAUGCGGGCAGGCGUAUGGGGCGAAGAAAUACUACAUGCUGGGAAUCUAUAUGCAACGCUCAUGGAUCGUUCUCUUCCUAUGCUGCAUUUUGCUGUUACCUAUUUUCUUCUUUGCGUCUCCAAUUCUGAAGCUCAUAGGGGAGCCUCAUGAUUUGGCAGACCUCGCUGGAGUUUUAUCCAUUUGGAUGCUUCCUAUUCACUUCAGCUUCGCGUUUUACUUCCCAUUGCAGAGGUUCUUGCAGAGCCAGGUGAAGGUGUGGGCGAUUGUCUGGUCGGCCGUGGCGGCGCUUGUCUCGCAUCUGGUGGCCAGUUGGGUGCUCGUGGUUCAGCUCAAAAUGGGAGUGGUGGGCAUUGCGGUAGCUUGCAACGUUGGUUGGUGCGCUAUGCCCAUUGUUCAGAUCGUUUACACUACCUGCGGCGGCUGUCCCCUCACUUGGACUGGGUUCUCGGUGGAGGCCUUUUCUGGUCUCUGGGAGUUUGUCAAGCUCUCUGCUGCUUCAGGGGUCAUGCUAUGCCUGGAAAAUUGGUAUUACAGAAUACUGGUAGUGAUCACUGGAAACAUGAAGAACGCAGAGAUUAUGGUGGAUGCUCUAUCGAUCUGGUUCUUUCUUUCUACAACUAUUUUCAUUUUUCUCUUCCAAUUUUCUUUAUAUUCAUCCGGAAAUGAAAAGAAUGAAAAAACUGGUAAUUAUUGUGAUGGCAGCAUGAGCAUCAACGGAUGGGAAAUGAUGAUUCCUUUGGGAUUCUUUGUGGGAACAGGAGUGAGAGUGGCGAACGAGCUCGGGGCCGGCAACGGAGAAGGAGCCAAGUUUGCCACCAUUGUCUCCUCGGCCACCUCCUUAAUAAUUGGCCUCGUCUUUUGUUGCCUAAUUGUCAUCUUCCACAAUAGCUUCGGUCUCAUUUUCUCUCCUAGCGCCGUCGUUCUUCAGGAAGUGGAUAAGCUCACCAUUCUGUUAGCCUUAACCAUUCUGUUCAACAGCAUUCAGCCUGUCCUUUCUGGCGUGGCAGUUGGGUCUGGAUGGCAAUCUUACGUGGCGUAUAUAAACUUGGGUUGCUAUUAUAUCAUCGGCUUACCUCUGGGAAUUUUCAUGCAAUGGUUCACCGACCUUGGAGUUAAGGGAAUUUGGAUAGGGAUGAUAUUCGGAGGAACGGGAAUUCAAACAUUGAUAUUGCUCCUCAUUACAAUUCGAUGCGAUUGGGAAGGAGAGGCUAAGAAAGCUGGGUUGCGUGUGGAGAAAUGGAGAGAUGAGAAGUUUGAGGCAAAGGAAUGAACGAUCUUGAAUGGGGAGUGAUGGGCUGACGACAAGGAUGAAAAGGCCCGUCACUCCAGCCCCGACCAAACUGCUGCGCUCGGCCCGUUUGUUGCCCUUUUUGCACAUUGACAAGACCCUUCAUUCGUUCUCAUCUAUUUAAAAUUUAGCUCCGAAAAUAAACAAUUAUUUAAUACCUUUUAAAUUUUUACGAAUUUUAAAUUAAAUUAUCGUAUAUAAUUUUCGGAAAAGCCAGUCCUUAUCAGUAAUUUCAUACAAUCAAACUUUGUCUGCCA